UACGCCAUUUUCAGAUGGGGAGACUGAACUAGAAAGAUUUCUGUAGGGCAGAUCUAGGUAUGGAGGUCAGGUUUGUGACUUCAGAGCAAGGGUUUGGAGUGAUGGUGGUAAUGGGGUGUGUGUGUGUAUGUGUGUGUGUGCGCGCGUUUGCAUGCGUGCACGUGCUUAAAGAGGGUAGAGGAGGCGUUACUUUAGCUUUUGUCUGGGUUUUGAAGGAUGGGCAAGAACCAGAGUUGCAGCACUGGAGGAAAUGGACCCAACACGCCAAGAUCCCUAUCCUGUUCUCCUCCCUGGCCUUCAGAGGGGAGCCAGGUCUAUUAAGUAGAGAAAGUGCCUCCUCCAUUUGUGCUGGACCAGCCCUUCCAAUCCUUCUCAGAAGGGAAUGAUACUGAGAGACUUGGUCAUUGGCUGCGUUCCCUGAAUACAGAGGAUCUCUUUUGCUGUGCCUGGAACUGGCAUCCCCUUUGUGGUGUUAGGGCCAGCCCUGCCUCUGCAUGAGACUUGAAGUUUGUGGGAUGAACUUGGUUUCAGGGAAGCGGAAAGAGCUGUAAUGGACCCAAAUCCUCGGGCAGCCCUGGAGCGCCAGCAGCUCCGCCUUCGGGAGCGGCAGAAAUUCUUUGAAGACAUUUUACAGCCAGAGACAGAGUUUGUCUUCCCUCUGUCCCACCUGCAUCUUGAGUCACAGAGACCCCCCAUAGGUAGUAUCUCAUCUAUGGAAGUGAAUGUGGACACGCUGGAGCAAGUAGAACUUAUUGACCUUGGGGAUCAGGAUGGAGCAGAUGUGUUCUUGCCUUGCGAAGAUCCUCCACCAACCCCCCAGACAUCUGGGGUGGAUGACUAUCCAGAGGAUCUGAGCCUGCCAGUGCCCACGUCAGACAGGACCACGUCCAGGACCUCCUCCUCGUCCUCUGACUCUUCCACCAACCUGCACAGCCCAAAUCCAAGUGAUGAUGGAGCAGAUACGCCCUUGGCACAGUCCGAUGAGGAGGAGGAUGGGGGUGAUGGAGGGGCAGAGCCUGAAGCCUGCAGCUAGCAGUGGGCCCCUACCUACAGACUGACCAAGCUGGCUAUUCACCAUGUGAUAUCCUAGGCCCAGCCAGAGCCCUCUGGGAGAAGACCAGACUCUUUACUUGCAGUAGGCACCAGAGAGAAGGAAGGAUGGCGGCGUGGUGUAUCUCUCCCAGAAUUAACCCUCUCCUGCUUUACUACUAACCUUUUCCUGCUGCAACCCUCCCACCAGUUUUUGGCUUACUUCUGAGGUAGGACUUGCAAGUGAGGAGAUGGAAGAUGAGGUAGGACAAGAUGCCACUGCUUUUCUUAGCACUCCUUCUUCUCCCUAACCAUCCUGUAGUCUUCAAAUAGAGUCUCCCAAAUCGGUGUCUCUAAAUGGACGUGACUCCUUAGCACUCCAAGUGAGCCAUCCUGCCUCCUUUACAUCCUUUUUGGAACAGGGCAUGGUAUAAAUAAUAAAUAAAUAAUAAUAUACCAACCA